AUGUGGAUAUACGUAAUAAUUACCCUAGCAAAGAUAAUGACAAUUGCUAGGGAAUGUAAAAAUGACGAAUGUGAAAAGCGAUGGCCUGGCGCAAUAUGUCGUAGUGGACGUUGUACAUGUCCACAAGAUAGUAUUAGAAGAAAAAGUGAUUCCAAUGGUUGGAUAUGUUUAUCGCUGAUAGAUGCUAGUACUGGAAUGCUUGGACCAGUAUUUACAUGUCCAUUACCGAAUGGUACCGGAUAUCGAUCAAUAUUAUAUCGUAAUAAUGAACCGGUAUUUUGUCAAACAUUCGAAGAGAGUAAUUGUCCGAAUGGAUAUGAAUGCAUACAAUCAGUUGGACUUAGUACAAUAACAGGAAAUGGUGUUUGUUGCCCAAGAAAAGAGACAGCUUGUCUUCAGCCAGUUUGUCAAUCAGAAGAUGGAUGGCUUAUACGUUGGUAUUUUAACGGUGAAACAUGUGAAUCAUUUCGAUGGAAUCCGGAAGUUGAAACAAGCGCCAAUAAUUUUGUCACUAAAGAACAUUGCCUAUCAUAUUGCGCAUUGGUAAUCAAUCAAUUAAUCAUUUGA